GGGGUGGCUAGAGGCCCCCGUGGCCUCUGAUCUCACAGAGCGGAUCCGCGCGGGUGUCCAGCGCCCCGAUGUGGGCAGUAGGGGCUAGCCGCUGGGGCAGGCUGCCCCCAGCAAGAGGAGCGGCGGCUCCAAACCACAGAAUCUCCAACACUGGAAAGCGUGGCCUCGGUCACCCUAAGCCACAGGUAUCCUGCCGAUCAUCGCUUGUGGUGGAGCGCCCGGCGCCAAUCGUGGUCAGUCCCCCUCUACGCCACCGUCCGAUUCCCUCGGCGCCCCCGCCGACCCCGGAGCCGGCCCUCAGCCCCUUCGUCAGCCGAGGCAUACCCUUGCGGCCCAUCCCAGCCAGGGAUCACCACCGCUGCCCUCUACCAAGCGUCGGGCCGGGUACCGAGGACUGCCCGCCAAGUUUUGCGGACUAUGGCCCUAAAGCUCAUCCACAAGGAGUUCCUCCACCUGGCCGGCGACUCCUAGCCCCACUGUUCAGCAGGGCCAGUGUGGGACGAUAUGCUCCACUGGCGGGCCACCGAAACGAGACCCAAAGACCCCUCCUACCUGGGAGGGAUCUUCUUCCUAAGAAUCCAGUUUCCCUCCGACUGCCUAUUCAAACCACCCAAGAUCAAAUUUACCAACGGAAUUUACCAUCAACAUCAACGGAAAUACAGGAUAGGAGGAAGUAUGGCAGAAUAACUAGAGACUGGACUCAGUAGUGUACCAUGUAAUUUCAAAAUAUAAUUCCAUCGCCUUAAUAAUAAAGAUGCAGAAAGUGACAGUUCACUUAA